CCCACCAAUGGGAUAUGGAUCAGCCCCUACCAUGCCCACUGGAGAAGAAAAUUCUGAAUAUGUUCGGACUCUCUAUGAUUUUCUUGGGAGUGAUACUGAAGAUCUGCCAUUUAAAAAGGGUGAGAUACUGGUAAUUUUAGAGAAGCCUGAAGAACAGUGGUGGAGUGCCAGAAACAAGGAUGGUCGAAUUGGGAUGAUCCCUGUUCCUUAUGUAGAGAAGAUGGUCAGAUCGUCUCCUCAUGGGAAGCAUGGUAACAGGAAUUCCAACAGCUAUGGUAUUCCAGAACCUGCACAUGCUUAUGCUCAACCUCAGACCACAAGUCCCCUUCCCUCUGUAUCCAGUACACCUGGAGCAGUGAUCAGUCCUCUGCCAUCAACACAGAAUGGACCGGUCUAUGCCAAAGCUAUUCAAAAAAGAGUUCCAUGUGCUUAUGACAAGACUGCCUUGGCAUUAGAGGUUGGAGACAUCGUGAAGGUUACAAGAAUGAAUAUAAAUGGUCAGUGGGAAGGCGAAGUCAAUGGCAGAAAAGGGCUCUUCCCUUUCACGCAUGUCAAAAUAAUUGACCCUCAAAACCCAGAUGAAAACGAGUGAUUCCUGUUGCCCAGCUUACACUGCUGCUUCAUUUUUCUGGCUACAAUAAGCAUUUUGAGGUGGGAAUGAUGACUGUCAAUGGCACACUGUCCAUUUUUUCUAGCUUGCUGCAGUUUGGUGGUUCUUUUCAUACACAUUGGGAAUGCACGCAACUGAAGUCAUGUGCUGACCAUACUAUAGUUGCAUCAUCCAGACUGUAGUAUCACUUUUAAAACUAUUUUGGCCCUUAAGAUGGAGAAGACUGAAGCCGCACAGGCAGAAAGUAGAUAGGAGCAAGAAAACCUUUCCUCUGAGGCUUACAAGGACAGUAUGUUCUGGAUUAAUCAUUAGGAGGAGAUUUCUAACUCUCAAAUCAAAUACAAAACUUCUGCUUUGUUGUACAAAGAGCAACAAAAUACCCCUGCAGUUUUGGAGCUAAGGGAGGGAAGAGCUAGAUUUGGAGAAAUCCUAAAAUAGUAUAGUGAAGUCUUUUUAUAGAUAAUAAAUUGGACACUUUGAGCAGCUGUUUUAACAAGGCUGUUCUGUGAUACAACUCUAAGCUUGCUGUUGACCUAGAAAUAAAGUUUGUGUGACGAAAGCAAAUACCGAUUGAAAACCGCAUUGAAAUGGAAAAAUUUAUGGCAACUUUAGUUCACAUUGUAAACAAUAGCCUAUUUUGUCAUAUACAUGAAACCAUUUCUAUAGAUGAGUGCAGAGAUGAAAAGUUGCUGGAUGAUUUGCAAGCACUAGAACUACAGAAAACGAGCUUUAAAAGGGAAACACUUAAGCCUGGUCUACUCACAGACUUUUGUACUGGUUUAGUUCUUAAGGAGGGGAUAUAGGGUUUUUAAAAUAGCGAUACUAGUACACCCCAAUUGGGGCAGGGGGAAGGGAUACAGAGAAAGGUGCCUUUAUACUGGCAUUACUUACUCCUUUGUAUAAAUUAUAUCAGUAUAAUAGCAUCCACACCUGUGAGUCAUACCACUUUAAAAGUUUAAAUAUAGUUAAACAGAACAAAUUGUGUGAUGAGUCCACCUUUGUGACCCCUUUUGCUUGCCUCUCAAGGUGAAUUGAAACAUCUUUAAAAUAAAUAGAAUACACGUGUACAAAUUUUUAAUAUUCCUGAGGACUUCAUUUGUAUCUUCCCUACAGAAGCUGACAGCUCUAAAUAGCAGGAUGUACUUUUACCCUUUUAAGGUUGUCUUCAAACAUAGAAAAAGAUGCAGAAAUCCAAGCUUUCAUUUCAGCAUUUAGAGGAAUUUACUUGAAACAUUAAACAAAAGUGUUUUUUCAUCCUAUGUUGGAACAUGUAUUCUUUUAAGGAUGUUGGACUGUCAAGCCCGGAGCACAUGUUGCUCUGAACUGUAUAUUGAAGUGCCUUGAGGUUCUUGCAGAGAAGGCACUGAAGAAUGCAAAAAAGUUCAGCCAUUGUUCACUUUUAGAAAAGCAUCUCAGUUAACCUAUUAAAUAUUAUGUAGUGCUGAUCAAAUGGCUUAAACUCUACUUAAACUAUUUUACUGCCAAACUUACUGUGAAAUAGAAUAACAUUGACUAAAAGUGUGUGGUGCUGGAGGUAUGGCUGGCUGUGGGCAGUAAUUGCCUUUUCAAUGGCAACAGUUCUGCAGCUUUAGAAAGUAGGUGUCCCUGUUAAUGUUUGUGUUCUGACCCUACCUUAAAUUAUUAUGAAGCUCAUACUACUGAAAGUUAUCUUGUUCUUUAACUGCACUAAACUCAAGUCUACCAUAAGGAUCUCUUAUUUUGGCCCUAAUCUAGUUCUCAUCAGUGUAGGGUUUUUCAUUUUCUUUUAAAAAUCUAUAAAUAUAUGCCUUGGAAAAUUCAUGUUCAUUUUUAUUAAAAAUAAGCAUUUCCUUUAAAGCUGUCCUUCGCUGGCUAUACUGUGUACCUGGAACACUAUAAGCAGUGUUCUGAGUUAAACUAAAAAGCAAACCAUCUGUCAGCAAAAAUCUCAGCCAGGGUCAGCAUAAGAAAGCACAUCAUUAAAUGGUGGUUUCUAAUGCAGAGAAGAAUAUCUAGUAAGUAUGAACCUAGUCUGGGACCACUUAAAUGGCUCCCUCUGUAUAGCAGUAAAUGCCUCCUGAAGUUGAUUGUAAACUUGCAUCAAAAUGUCAAUUUUAUUAAGAGAUAAGUAUUUUCAUAUAGACACUGCAUUUGAUCAGUUUGUGUUUCUCCUUCAAAGAUUGGUUUCUUGAGAUCACUUGCUGCUUGUAGUGCCGUCUGUUGCUUUAUAGAACCUCUUCAGAAAUUCCUGGAUGAUAGAUAACUGUCAGUGUUGCUAUCCCUUGUGACUAUAAAAUAUAGGCAUCACGUUAAAAUGAGGCAUAAUGUUUUAUCAAGUGAUGAUUUCAACCUAUGCACCAUUAAGUCGAUCAUGUUUCACAUUUAAUUUUUAGGUAGAUGUCUGGGUUCAAAUUAGCAUUUGUUUCAGUUGUUAAAACAAUUAAUCAUGAGAGGUUUACUGCUUGACUUCUCCUGUUAUGUACAUGUAUAUACAUUUAAGCCUCCGACCAGUAUGAAAAGUUAAAAUGAAAACUCUUCUAAUCUGUGUCCGCAUCACUGGAUAAGCACUAGCUCAAUUCAAGAUUGUUUACAAAUCAGGCAGGAAUAAAUAAAGGGAAUAUAUUCUGUUUGGGUUGGGGCUCUGAACAUAUUUUUGUAAAGGGAAAAAAUGCAUUCUUUGUGCCAUUUCAUGUGCCUAUAAUCUAAUUUUUUAUAUUAACAUCCUGGAAAUGAAUGGGCUUUUUGUCUGUAGCAAAGUUUUGAAUCAUCUCUAUCUGCAACUGAAAAAGUGAGAACUGCCUAAAAAGAUGGCCUUUUGGGACCAGUAGGAGUGUUCUUGUAUCAUUGUCAUUUUCUGUUUACUUGUAUUUUAAAAGAAAAUGUGUUCUGGGGAAAAAAUACAUUUUUUGCAGCAGAAGAGGUGGCCUUCUAUUUGAGACAGUCUUCACUGUGUAAACAUUAAAACAGUAUGUAAUUUAAAGACCAUGAACUUCAGGCAAUAAGUAAGCUUUUAAAGUUUAUUUCGGGGAUCAUAGCUUGUUUUAUUUUUGUGCUAUAAAAUUAACAGUAUUAAAUGAAUUAUAUUCUUAGACUACAUGGAGUGUCUCUUUUUAAGACUAGUGCCUUUUAUUUUCUUACUCCACUUAUUUCAUAAUAUGGUCCCAACAUCAAGCCAGUGUUGUUAGUGCCCUGUUUGUACAGUCUCUAAAUAAAAAAGCCUUGUAACAUUA